CUGUUUCCAAGACACUGUGCCUGUUGUUUCUCCCCCGGCCUCUCUGGCAGCCAGUGGCCUCUUGGGCGAAGACUCGCAGAAGCGGCCACGGAAACCUGGCUCGCGCGGGGCGGGAAGGCGCAGGCGGCUCGUGUCGCUGACACGCUCACCCUCCGUGCCUGGCCGCGCCUCUGCGACCAGGUGACCCAAUGAAAGAGGAAAAUGAAAGGCAUUAAGAAAAGUCUUACAGAAGAAUAUCUGUACUUGGACUUUUCUCACCAAAUGGAAGGAUGCAUCUUUCCUCUUCAUACAUCUGUAACUUUAUUUUUGUUAUCAUACUGUGACUGCAAAAUCUUCAAAGUUGGCUUAGUCCUCACAAAAGAAAGCACAGAUAUUUCGCUAAAAAAUGUAGUGCCCCAGGAUGUUGAAAUACAGAUUAUUUCAAAGCAAGAACUUCCAGCAAUAGUCCAGAAUUGCUGUUUACCUGCAGUAGUAGAAAAACCAGACAAUUUCUGUAGAGCAGGACUUGCUGUUGUACUGAGACACAUAAUCCAGAAAUCAUAUGAAGCUGACCCCUCAAAGAAGGAAAUUUUGGAACUUCUGGGUUUUAAGAAGACUUGCUUGAAAGCCUGUGCUGAAGUUAGUCAGUGGACCAGGCUAUGCGAACUCACCAUCCCUUUAGCUAUUGAGAAUUUUCUCAAAGAGUCUUCUGACCAGCACCCAACUAUCCCUGCAGAAAUACUGCAGCUAGAGAGAAAGCUCAGUGAGCCCGUUAGAGUGCAUAAUGAUGACAAACUCCGUCGCCAGAAGCUGAAGCAACAGAAGGCUGCUGGGGUUGGGCCUGCCCAGGCUAAGAGCAAGGUCUUUAGACAAGAAACAUCUGAAGAGUUGGACUCUUCAUCCAAGAGCCUGGAACUGCAAGUGGCAUUCUCAAAGCUCGCAGUGUACGAAGAACCAGCUACUACCAACAGGGAGCCUUCUCACAUCAGAAAAGCAAAAGUGUCUGACCUUCCGCCUCUGGAGCAUGUGUUUGCAGAAGGCCUGUACUUCACUCUGGCAGAUAUCGUGCUCUUGCCCUGUAUCCAUCAUUUUUUGGCAAUUAUCUGCAAGAAACUUUCUGAAAAGCUGAUAGAAUUUCCACUGCUGGCUGCUUGGUACCAAAGGAUUCAGGAAGUGCCCAGAGUAAAAACAGCAGCUUCUCAGUGUGGGAUCCAAUUUCUCCACUUACCAGAGUUGCUGACCACCUUGAAGGAACAAGAUGCAAACUUAAGUGAGGUCCCAGGUGUGGAGGAGCAAAAUGAUACUUCAUUUUUAGGAGGACCAAGACCCACUAUGACCAAGUUAAUGGAAAAAGGCAUUGAAGUGAUGUUUUCUCCCCACCCUUGCCCUACUUGGACCCUUGAUUGGAAUAGUCUUCCUGCAGCAGUGAGCCCAAAGGAAGGCAAAAUGUCCAGUGAUCGAGCUUUAAGGAAGCAACAGCAGUUAAACAACCUUGUUUAUGUGGUGACAAGUCAGGCCAAACCCGGUGACAGAAUUGUGGAUUUCUGCAGCGGCGGGGGCCAUGUUGGCAUUGUCCUUGCUCACAUGCUGCCAUCAUGCCAGGUUACGUUAAUAGAAAACAAGGAACUAUCAUUAAUUCGUGCUAAGAAGAGAAGUGAUGAACUAGGUUUAAGCAACAUUUGGUUCAUUCAAGCAAAUAUGGAAUAUUUUACAGGGAUGUUUAAUAUUGGGGUGGCAUUGCAUGCUUGCGGAGUGGCAACAGACAUGGUGAUUGAGCACUGCAUCAAAACGCGGGCUGCCUUUGUCACAUGCCCUUGCUGUUACGGUUUCAUUCAGAACACCUCAAAGUUUAAUUUUCCAAAAAGUGAACAAUUCAAGAAAACUUUAUCGUACAAGGAACACAUGAUUCUGUGCAGAUUUGCAGAUCAGACAGCUGUCCAGCUUCCAGCCCAGCGAAGGCUCAUAGGAAAACAGUGCAUGUGCCUGGUGGAUCUGGAUCGAGCAAGAGCUGCAGAAGAACGUGGUUACUCCGUUCAAGUAAUAUCCAUGGAGCCGGAGAGCUGCUCUCCCAAAAAUAACAUGAUCGUGGGAGUCCCCAUUUAGAAGGAGAUAUUCCCAUUUGAUGUUUUGCCAUCCGUUUUCAUGAUGAAAGCCCAGUGGCAUUUAGGAGGUUCUUGGCAUAACUAGAAAACAGCAUUAGCCAUCUUGAACUUAUUGUGCUCAGGAAGGAGAGCAGCAGGAAAAUCAUGGAAGAAAGGCUGCCUGCAAAGCAUCACAAAUGCUCUUGUAAUGUAUGAUUAAAGGACCGCUGGUUUUCAUAGUGAGAAUCCCCUGAAGUCCCAGCUGCCAACAGAAUAAUACUCGGUAGUGGAGGUUCCAUCCCUAGAAUAACAAUUUCCUUCUCAGCUCACAGCUUUUCUGAUCUUGCCAAUGUGAUGUUCAAUUCAAAACAAUGAAUCGAAGCCUUUAUAAUCAUUGCAGCCUUUGUAACCAUUUAGAUAUUCAAAUGGAGGCCACAACUAGACUCAGUGGGGUUUGCUGGUUGGCUGGUUGUAUUUUUAACAACUGGUCUUUUUCUAUAAUUUUAAAAAAAUAUCUCAUCAGGCAAUUACAGUAUGGUUAACUUUUUAAGCUAGGGUGAGUUGGAUUUGUAUCUCAUUUCAUACACUUCCUUGAAUAUAUUUCCCAUAAAUUACCAAAUGAGAUCAUCACUAGUUCAAACAUUUUAUAUGAAGACAUAAAAUAAUUGCAGCAAAUCUCCCAUUAUGGAAACAUGUAACUUGGACAUAAAUUCUAACUAAUCAGUAAACACAUUGAUCGAUUGUUUCAAAUUUAUAAAUAAUUAUUGAGGAUCCAUUAUUUUCAAGACCUGGCCUACAUUCUUCUAAGGGUACAAAGAUGAGUUGCAAGAAACAUGAUGCCUUGUCUAUGGAAUAAUCAUGGAAAAGAAAAGUGAACGAAUUAGUUAAGUUCUGUAUAUCAUAAUAUAAUGUGUGGUCACAAGAUUUGUUUUCCAGGUAUCGUAUCUUUUAGUUACGUUAUCUUGGUAAGACGUAUUGAAUAUAGAUUGGAGGUGGGAGGAGGGCAGAAUUUGGAAGCUUAUUUGAGUAUUUCUCCCUUCUCACAUUCUCCUAUUCCACUAGCCAAAGUUUUGAAAGACAGAUGGCAUGUCCUUUCUCACAUGCUGUUAAUUAUUUAACUUUUACAUGUCCUAGGUUAUUCCAUCUGAGAUGAGAUUUAUUUCAUUGAUUUUGAUGUUUUCAACCCCUGUAUGACACAUACCAAAAGGAAAAAGAACUCUAAUAAAAAACUCUUUCCUCA